AAGUGGAACCCACCUGAUGCUGCGGUGGUGUUGCCGAAUAAUUUUCGAAAGGGGAAGUUUCCGUUUAUUCAGAAACAAUUUCAACAAUCCACAUUUUCUAUAUAAGCUCUCCCCCGGUUUCUUCCUUUUCUUUUUGACCCAAUAUCAGAUUUCAACAAAUUAUUAAAAAAAUCCCCUUGAUUUUGGGUCCUAAGCCUCCACCUGAUCUCCUUGGUUUCGACGAUCAGCAAAUUCUUCUUGUUUUUAUAAUUUUGUUGUCGUUGUUGUCGUCAAAGAUAAAGAAUUGGGAGUUUUGACUCCUUCUUUUCGAUUUGCUUCUGUAAAGGGCGUAAGGCGGUUCUUCUUUUGAAGCAAUUCAGCUAUGCAGAGCCAGCUUCAGUGUAGUGGCUGUAGGAACAUUCUUCUUUAUCCAAGAGGAGCAGCAAAUGUCUGUUGUGCAUUAUGUAAUGCAAUUACCUCUGCUCCUCCUCCUCCUCCUCCUCUAGGGAUGGAAAUGGCACAACUUAUUUGUUUAGGUUGUCGGACAUGGUUGAUGUAUUCACGUGGUGCAACAAGUGUGAGAUGCUCCUGUUGUCACACUACAAACCCUGCACCAGUAUCUAGCCAAGUUGCUCACAUCAAUUGUGGGAACUGCCGGACAACACUCAUGUAUCCAUAUGGAGCUCCAUCUGUCAAAUGUGCUAUCUGCCAAUAUGUUUCUAAUAUGGCUAAUGUGAGGGUUCCACUUCCUGCGAAUCGACCUAAUGGUGCUACCGGAAUGAUACCAUCUACUUCAACAUCAACACCCCAUUCUCAGACUCAAACUGUUGUUGUGGAAAACCCCAUGUCUGUUGAUGAAAGUGGAAAUCUGGUGAGCAAUGUUGUUGUUGGUGUAACAACAGAACGAAAAUAGUGCGGUUAUUAUGAGAUCCUAUUGUUCAUAUGGCGGCAAACAGUCAUUAUGGAAGUUGAUUGUGUAUAUUUUGUUGGAGAUAACUAAGAUUAACAUUGAUUUAUUAAACUAUUGCACAUGUAUAAGCUCUCAGGGAAAUUUAAGGUGUGGUGUACAUUGUGAGGAUGAGACUUGAUUGCCAGACUGAACUAUUAUUGUGAGUGAUUGUGCUUAUCUGAACAUACCCAUUUUCUAACAAAAAUAAAGCUUUGGAGCAAAGUUAAGGUGA